UUGUCAAUGUUUUUGGCACUGAAUAAAAAAUGGCAGAAACCACAUACGGUAAACGAAAGCCUUGGGUCAAGAACCUCUAUUCAAACCGCGAAUAUCCGGAUAACUAUACGGAUGUGAGUUUCCUGAAAGAUCUGCGCACAAAUCUUCACGUGCGCCUGUACACUUUCGGCGAGGCUGUUGCCGGCAUAACCGUGCUGAACAAUCAAAUCUCGUGCAUAACCGGAUUCCUGAUACUCUACCAUUUGAUGCUGGCGGAGAGUGUCGCACCCACCAGCAUAUUGGUGCCCACGUGCAUCAUAACUGGCAUCGGCUAUUUGUUCUAUCGCGGCAGCAGUCUCAGCAUGAUGCUGUUGGGAGAGGACUCCAAGACGCUGGUCACGGUGCUGCUCUUUGGCUACAUCUUUUCACCCAUGCUGCACACAUUGACGCAGGCCAUCAGCACGGACACCAUAUAUAUGACGACUUUCUUUAUGAUGCUCUUCAAUCUGAUGUUCUCCGACUACGGCCUAGAUGUGGCCAUGGUCUCCAAGGCCAUAUCGCUGAAUGCGGCCAUAUUCGGCGCCAUCUGUCUGGCCUCGCGACUGUCCACGUCGUAUCACGCCUUUGUUCUGCUCGUCGAGGCGGCGAUCUUCUUUGUGCUGUACCCCAUUAUGAUAGCAGCCACAUGGCACCCCCUGUGCAUGGUGCCCAUAUUUAUCAUCUGCUGCACGGCGCUCUAUAAUAUAUCACGGCCGGUUCUGUAUCUAUAUGCCUGCAGCACGCUCUUCAUCAACUUUGUCUGCCCGUUCAUAUUUGUGAGGCAUCAGCGCCACAAGUUCAACAUUCACGGUCCCUGGGACGAGGCAAUUGUUGAGGAGAACACCGACAAGAAUCUGGACGAGAAUUUAUAGCGCCAGCUUCGCUUCUCAGAGAUGCAGUGCAUCGAUGACGGGGAGCACGAGUCAGAGCACUAAAUACAUAACUUUACGCUUAAUUGAAAUAUUUAGCCACAUUCAAUGUAAAAAGCCUUUCUAAUUAAUGUAAAUUUAUUUUUUUUUAUUAUUUCAAAUUCAUAUCUAAAUCGUAUAUAGAGACAAUUCCACUGUAAAUAAAAUCCAUUUUUGUAUUAAAAUAAAUUUAUUGAACCUCGAAGAAAUAAAAAAAAAGAAUAAAUUUAUAUUUACAAAUGAAGUUUGGUUGCACAAUCAAACUAGAAGGGCUUUCGCAUAAUAAAGCUAUAGACCGAAAAUAAAAUAAUUUGUAUUGGUUUUCAUUUGUCUCAUUUAAUUAUAAUUAUUAUGUUUGAUGUGGGCAUAUUUACAAACAUAAACGCAGACAUAUUGAAACAAUCAUAAAAUAAUACAGUUUUUAUCGAAUUAAUGACAAAGUUGAAAAGC